AUGGCGGUAAAGACGCAUACAUGGAUUACCCUUUGGUUUGUCCUCACUGCGCCCGUCAUCUUCUGGGAUGUAGGAUACUGUUUUAUGCGUCCACGGUCUAUGCUCGGGGGAGACCUCCAUUGGAUCUGGAAACCGUACGAAAUAUACCAGAAUAUCGAUUAUGUUUAUGGUAUUAAAGCUCUAGAGGAAAACAGCGGAUUCACAAAUGCACAAUCUUUUCUCAAUAUCGUAGAGACGCUCAUGAGUCUCGUAUACGUGUACUUGGCACACGUCUCAGGCUGGUCCUCCGCACCCCUCAUCGGAUUCGCAGCGGCGACCAUGACGCUGUCCAAAACCAUUUUAUACUGGUUACAAGAGUACUAUUGCGGCUUCUGUGCCAUCGGACACAACACCAUGUCCGAUCUCGUCAUAUACUGGAUCAUACCCAACGGAUUAUGGAUCGUCGUCCCCAGUUUGAUCGUCAUGAGACUAGGAAAAGAUCUCGCUGCAUCACUCCACGUCGCGGAACGCGCUGCGACCAAGACUGCUUCCGGAAAGCAGAAAUGA